AGUGGCGGCUAUGGAUCGUUUCGGUGCGGUGACGUGUGGGGAUUCAGUCCUGCAUUACAUCUGCUGGAUGAAGGUUUGUUGGAGAAAGCUCGACUGGAAGAGAAAGGAGAAGAUGAAGCGCUCAACAUACUGCUCAUUGGGAUGGGAGACAUUCGACAUAUUAUCAAGACUCUUGCCCUAAGCCACAGACACAGAAAACCUAAGUUGAAGUUCUAUAUCAUUGAAAACAAUUUAGAAGUGAUUGCUAGACACAUGCUGUUACUGGCGGCGUUAUUUGAACAGCCAGACCAACUUGAACUACAAGAAAAGGCGGAGCAGUUUCUUGAGUUGUAUGGAAACUCUCUGAUUCGUCAGCCGACAUUCGAUUACCUUGAACAAAAUUAUGAUUUCUAUGUACAUACUACAUAUUACACCUGUGGCAAAGUCUUGACUAGACAUAUUUUUUCAAGGUUUGUGACGGAUCUCGAUUACUUGUCACAGCAAUUUAGCAUUUUAGAUCUGUCUCAACUGAAGUUCAAGGAGAGAGAUCUGCUUGAAGGAGUGUUCAAGUUCUGGCAUAAUCAAGACCACAAAACGUUUCCUAUUGUUGAAAUGUGGGAGCAGAGAUUGAGACAUAGUCUUAAAACUCGUUAUGACUCUAGGAUGGGAGUGUUUGACUGGGAUUACAGUAUGAGAUUGCAUGACAAAACGAGCAUUGUUCAUAGUCGAGAGUACAAGAAAUGGAGAGAGACGGGUGUUGCAUUUGCAUUUCGAGAAGGUGGCUGUACUGUCCCAAAUCGAUCACUUGCAUCGUGCCUUCUUAUCAACAAGGGUGGAGAGAAGGUUGCUCAGAGAGGUUACUGGGGAGACAUGGUAAAUAGUCCAUAUAUUGCAAUUGGUAUUGAAUCAGAGAAUGAGGAAUUGGUCAAGAAAGUUAACGACAGACACGUGAAGACGUCUGCUGAAGUGGCACUGUAUAACAUGACAGCAUACAUUCACGAACUCUUGACCGGAAUGAGAUACACAGCACGUGGUGUGGUGAAAGAGACAAAAAUGCCUUCCAGCCAACCUAUAAUAGAGGAAGUAGAUGAAGAUGUGAAUGCUUCUGAAGCGUUAUCUUUUAUUGAAGCUACCAGUACUCUUGGACAGAGUGAAAAGACAAAGCCAGUGUCUGCUGCUGAUGCAGACUGCUACACCCAUACUAAGAUCUCGAACAGAAGCGGCAAAGCAGGUAGAUGAAGAGUUAGUACAACAUCUGAUUCAACAAAUAGAGCAAGUGACACAAGACGGUUUAGCAAAAGAUAGGCAAAUGGAUGACUUGAGACAACAAAUCACAGAUCUACAGAAGGCAUUGAGUGAUGAGCAAUUGCAGAGAGAACAGGCAGUUGCUGGAGAAAGAGGGGAAAAGAGCAUGCAGUUGCUAGCGAAAGACAGGUGAAAGAACAGGAAGUUGCUAGAGAAAGAAGGGAGAAAGAAGAGCUACGACGACGAUUACAACAAGAGCAAGAAAGACAUUCAGAAUGAUCUUGAUGAAGCUCGACAACGAAUUGAGCAAAUGAGUGUAGAGCAGGAAAAUGUUCAACGAUUACUAAAUGAAGCACAAAUAGAAAACGCUAACAUUAUAGAGCUACUUUCAGAUGCCGAUGCUGCAAUUGAACGAUACAAGCAAGAACGAGAAAACGAAGUUUUAAAGAUUACUUCACGUGACAUUCAAUUGACUGGCACAGAACUAGCUGUUUCUGUUGGAUAUUGGGAUGGCUGUCCUGUUGCUGUUAAAUGUUUGUAUGAUGAUUUUGGCUGAUGUUGAACGAUACAUCCAACUUGUGCAACAAGAAGCGUUUGUAGCAUGGAAGAUACAUCAUCCCAACAUUGCUGCUGUUUGUGGUGUCGCUCUGGAGAAAGAAGUCAGGAAGGCAUGGGUUAUCAUGGAAUUACAGAGCGGCUCCGUUUCUAGCGAGAUCGAUGCAUGUGAACAAGAUGCUGCACCUCUCACUUUACGAGAAAAAGUUGACAUGGCACAUGAUUCUUUGUGUGGACUGGAUCACGUUCACUCUAUGCAACCCAUGGAGAUUCUCCACUGUGACAUCUGCCCAAGGAACAUCCUGGUAACUGCAACGAUGAGAGCCAAACUGGGUGAUUUAGGAGCCGCUCGUUUUCAAGAUGCUUCACUUUCAGCCGGCCUUCUCAGUCCAGAAUACACAGCAACGGAGAGAUUUGAUGCUCCAGCUCUACCAAAAAGCAAGGAAACCGACAUGUAUAGUACGGGAGUGACCCUAUGUGAGCUGUUCACUGCUGUUACUCCAGACUGUCGAAAGAGAAUGGAUCAAGUCUUACUCAUCCGUCAGCUAAACGUCCGUUCCUUAUGUAAACACUUGAUGAGAGAUAAUCCUACCACACGACCAACAGCAGCCGAAGCUCGCAGAAUCAUUAGUUGUAUUCGUGAGACAGACAAGUAUGCAGCAUGUCCUCCUAAACGAAUGAUGAAGGGUAAGAUGGAUGGAGUGGCUGAUGUCACUCUUUUUCAGCCCAAUUGGUGAUGUUGACAUGUCAUUGAACCAUGUGGUUGUAUUGUAUAUGUAUCCUUUUACUUGAAUGAUAUCAUUUCUGUGUUCAUAGAAAAGAUUUAGCAAUAGCAAUAAGCUUAGCUCUGGUUAAUUGUUUUACACUUUGUAUUCUUGGAUUGACCAUGCAGACAAUUAACGUUGAACUAGCAUUUUUCAGUAUUUAACUAUUUGGAACUUUGAUAUUGUUAUUGGCAGUUUGACGUGUACACUUUGUCACGUGUAUGAUUACUGUAUUUGAUAAGUUCACGUUUUCAGUUGAUAUUAAUUUCUUCUUCAAACUUGAUAGUAAAGAUAUGCAGAGUUUAUUUGACAUCGGGUGG